GUGAAACUCCAAUAAAUAUCAUUUAAAAAAAAAAAGAUGAUGAUGAUGAUGAUAAUUUAUUAUUUCUACCCUGCCCAUCUGGCUGGGUUUCGCCAGCCAAUCUGGGCAGCUUUCAACAGAACAUUAAAAACAGAAUAAAACUUCAAACAUUGAAAACUUCCCUAAACAGGGCGGCCUUCAGAUGUCUUCUAAAAGUUGGAUAGUAGUUUAUUUUCUUGACAUCUGAUGGGAGAUAGAGAGAGACAUAUAUACAGUGGACACUCGGGUUGUGAACGUGAUCCGUGCAGGAGGCACAUUUGCAACGCACGCACGGGUCACAAUUUGGCACUUCUGCGCAUGCACAAAGAGCAAUUUAGCGCUUCUGCACUUGUGCUGAAACCCGGAAGUAAGCCAUUCCGGUACUUCCGGGUAUGGUGCAGUGCGCAACCUGAAGCAUCUGUAACCCGAAGUAUGACUGUACAUACAUAUACAUACAUAGUUUUAAUUCUGUUGUUUUAUUUAUUUUUUCUGCCCCCUGUUUUCAGCUGUUCUUAUGUUAUCUGUAGGCUGCCCUGAGUCAGGGGAAAAGCAGGUUAUAUUUGUUAGUAUUAUUUUUUAUUAUUUCUUACCUUUGCACACUCCCCUCCACCUCUUCCUCCAGCCACACCUGGUUUCCUCUCCUGCUGCUGCUGCCCAUCCUCCUCCUCUCCCUCUCCUGGAAAGCAGCCGCUGCCCCUUGCUGAAGCCACCAGAGGGUCCCUCCACCUGGGGGGCAGCUCCACAGGGGCCUCCCUGACUCCCGUUUCCCCCGCAGAUGGUGAAACGGCUGAGUGAGCUCACGGGGUGCCGCCAGGUGGUUGACGUGGGCGCUGGCCAGGUAAGUAGGGAGGGAGGAGGCCUCAGGUUCCUCUUCCUUUUCAGAGUCUCGCAAAGCCUGCUUUAUUUACAGUGUCUUCUCCCCCCUUUCCCCCAGGGCCACCUCUCUCGCUUCCUGGCCUUUGGCCUGGGCCUCUCCGUCACCACCAUCGAGGGAGACCCCCGGCUGGUCGCCCAGGCUGCCAAGUUCGACCAGGAGGUGGUGCAGGCGCUGAGGAAAGAGGGGGCCAAGCGAGGAGGGCAGGUGAGGAGGCGGAACGUCAGGGGUGGGGAGGGGAUGUGGUGUGUAGCAGAGGGUCCUGGCUUCCUGAGGAGGGGGCGGGGGCCAGUCCCUCUGGUCCAAGCCAUGGCAGGCAGCUUCCUCAGGCACUUGGUGGAUUCCCACACGGCAGGGGGUUGACUAGAUGACUCUCGGGGGUCCCUUCCAGCUUCUGUUAGCCACACGCCCUCCACUUAAUGCCCUCUCCUUUUCCUUCAACCUCCAUGGCUCCCCCGGCCAGAAUCCGAGGAGCUGAGCCUUCUAGGCCUCUAUCUUGAACACAAGCUCAUCUGCGGUUCCUGCAUUGCAGGGGGUUAGACUAGAUGGCCCUUAGGGUCUCUUUCAACACCGCAGUUCUAUCAUUCUAUGGCAUGGGUAGGCAAACUAAGGCCCAGGGGCCGGAUCCGGCCCAAUCGCCUUCUAAAUCCAGCCCGCAGACGGUCCGGGAAUCAGCGUGUUUUUACAUGAGUAGAAUGUGUCCUUUUAUUUAAAAUCCAUCUCUGGGUUAUUUGUGGGGCAUAGGAAUUCAUUCUUUUUUCUCCCCCCCCCCCAAAAAAAAAUAUAGUCCGCCCCCCACAAGGUCUGAGGGACAGUGGACUGGCCCCCUGCUGAAAAAGUUUGCUGACCCUUAUUCUAUGGAGUGGUUUGUGGGGGGGGGGGCUGUACAUGAAUGUAUAUUUAAGCGAGGGUUGUCAAUGACUUUGACCAGCUUUCCUUAUUUUGAAGUUGAACCGUGUGGCAGGGCCAGCUCCCUGAUUAGGCAGAGUGAAGAAACUGCCACCACUGCUCACCAGCAGAUGUCCAUGGAUAGCUGGGGGGGGGGGGGGAGGCACUGCUCUCCUUGCCCCUGGGCUGCCCCCUUGCGCCUUCUCACCCUCUUUGGGGUGUUCCAGGGGCAAGUAGAGAAACACACCCACACUGGUUUAAACAAUACCAGUUUCAUGUUUGCAAAGACAACAUUAAAUAUCUAGGCACAUUAACACCAUGAGACUUAUCUAAAUUAGUGUCAUUAAACAACAACAAAAUAUACCAUGAGGUAUCAAUAGACAUAGACAGGUG